ACUAACAAGUCGAGCAAAAACGCGAGCAGUUGUUGCUCUUGGUACCUUGGUAUUUGUACCUAUACCAUCAGACGAGGGGCAGUUUCUUUUAUAUCUCGUAAUUCUUUGUUCGUCGCCGCCUUCCUCAUCAUUGCAUUAGUGGAUGCGUUUCUGUGACCAUUACGGAGCCCAAGAGUCAUCGAGAACCAGAACAAGUGUAGCGACCUGUGUAGCAGACUGAAAGGUCGUGAGAGGCGGCUGCAGCCCGAGUUACGCCGAGGAGGCUUCCGCCAUUGUCUCGAGAGGUCGGGGCGGGUCGAGCACUCACAGAAUCCCUUCUUCAUUGCAUUAGCGUGAAGCCUGACGAAGAUGGGCGACAAACACACAGAAGCCACAGUUUUUGCCGCCUUAGUUGUAGGCGCUGUGGCCAAAUUGGCUUUUGGUUCAAUAACGAGGAGGAACAGACGACGCAUGAUGGUGCACGUUGGCAGGGUUACGCAGUUAAAUUGUUACCCCGUGAAAUCCUGCCGCGGGACUUCUGUGGACAGCGGUUACUGCACAGCAGUUGGAUUGCAGAUUGGAAAAGUGACAGACAGGCACUGGCUGGUUGCACGAUCAAAUGGCGACUUCAUCACUCAACGGCAAUCAUUAAGAAUGGCCCUUGUUCAGGUUACCAUUAAUGAAAAUGACUUGACCUUCAAUGCUCCUGGAAUGCCAGCUUUGACCAUCCCUGUUGAUAUGGUUCCAGACAGGUCAAAGGUCACCAAAUGCAGGGUUUGGGAGGACAGAUUGGAAGGAAUGGACUGUGGAGAUGAUGCUGCUUUCUGGUUUUCAACUUUUCUUCAAAUGCCAAACCUGCGUUUGCUGUUCUCUGCACCAGGACUUCAGCGUCGAGAACUUACCUGGACCAACAAGCCAUGGGGAAAUCCUGCUUUACCUGGUGAUCAGUCUGUAUUUAGUGACUAUUGCGGUUACCUGGUGGCAACCGAGGAAUCCCUGGCAUUUGUCAAUGACCAUUUAAAAAGUCCAGUGCCCAUGAAACGUUUUCGACCAUCCAUUGUGAUUUCUGGUAGUCCGGCAUUUGAUGAGGACAAUUGGCAGGAGAUUCAGAUUGGUGGAUCAGCUACUUUCAGAAUGCUGGAUCCAUGUACCAGGUGUAUUAUGACAACUAUAGAUGAGGACCUCGCAGAACGGGACCCUAACUCGGAGCCUCUGGAAACAUUGAGAACUCUGCGUUGCUUUCCUGAGUACGGCAAAGCCCCAUUGUUUGGAGUUAAUGCAACCAUAGAUAUCCCUGGUGUGAUCAGAGUUGGAGACCCUGUGUAUGCCCUUCGAAAGUGAAACAGGUGAACUUGUUGGAGAGACAGAGUAUUGGUAAUGGAAAUACAUUUUUAAGUUAGAGAAAGACAAUAUUUUGGCUGUGGGGAUUCUUUUGCUCUAGAUAUGAUGUUGAGGUUAUGCCAAAGAUAAUUAACUUCAGCAUACACAUCUACAAAAAUGUUGUACAUCACAUGAUAACAUUAACCUGAUUUCACACCCUGUACUGCUUAAAAAAUGUUAUCUACUCCUAAUUGUUACAGACGGAGGAAAAGAGAAAUGUUAAACUAAUAUACAGACAUCUUAAAA